CGCCGCCAAUCGCAGACAAAGGCCGCCCCAGUGAAUCAUGUGGUGCCGGGGGAGGAAGUGCGGCUUGUUUUCUUUCCUCCAGUCGCCCGGCUGAGCGACAAGCGCGAUGCGCUGAGACCCCCGCGAGGGUGGCGGCGGCGAGCCCAGAUGAAGCCCGAGCGACCCGGGCCCCGCCGCAGCGCCCCCGGCCCCAUGGAGGCCCCGCCGUGGGACCCCCUCCGCAACGACACGCUGCCACCCACGCUGACCCCGGCCGUGCCCCCGUACGUGAAGCUCGGCCUGACCAUCGUCUACACCGUCUUCUAUUCGUUGCUCUUCGUGUUCAUCUACGUGCAGCUCUGGCUGGUGCUGCGCUACCGCCACAAGCGGCUCAGCUACCAGAGCGUCUUCCUCUUCCUCUGCCUCUUCUGGGCCUCGCUGCGGACCGUGCUCUUCUCCUUCUACUUCAGGGACUUCGUGGCGGCCAACGCGCUCAGCCCCUUCGUCUUCUGGCUGCUCUACUGCUUCCCCGUGUGCCUGCAGUUCUUCACCCUCACGCUCAUGAACUUGUACUUUACGCAGGUGAUUUUCAAGGCCAAGUCAAAAUAUUCUCCAGAAUUACUCAAGUACCGCUUGCCCCUCUACUUGGCCUCACUCUUCAUCAGCCUUGUUUUCCUGUUGGUGAACUUAACCUGCGCGGUGCUGGUGAAGACAGGAGCCUGGGAGAGGAAGGUCAUUGUCUCUGUGCGAGUCGCCAUUAAUGACACUCUCUUCGUGCUCUGCGCCGUAUCUCUGUCCGUCUGUCUCUACAAAAUCUCUAAGAUGUCCUUGGCCAACAUCUACCUGGAGUCUAAGGGCUCCUCCGUGUGUCAAGUGACUGCUAUUGGUGUGACCGUCAUCCUGCUGUACACCUCCAGAGCCUGCUACAACCUCUUCAUCUUAUCCUUUUCUCAGAGCAGGAACAUCCACUCCUUUGAUUAUGACUGGUACAAUGUGUCAGAUCAGGCAGAUUUGAAGAAUCAGCUAGGGGAUGCUGGAUAUGUAGUGUUUGGAAUUGUCCUGUUUGUGUGGGAGCUCUUACCUACCACGUUAGUAGUUUACUUCUUCCGAGUUAGAAAUCCUACAAAGGACCUGACCAACCCUGGAAUGGUCCCCAGCCAUGGAUUUAGUCCCAGAUCUUAUUUCUUUGACAACCCUCGAAGAUAUGACAGUGACGAUGACCUUGCCUGGAACAUUGCUCCUCAGGGACUUCAAGGAAGUUUUGCUCCAGACUACUAUGAUUGGGGACAACAAGCUAACAGCUUCCUGGCACAAAUAGGAACAACUCUACAACCAGACUCAAGUUUGGAUCCUGAUAAACCAAGCCACAAGUAGCAUCAGUUAACAGUUUUAAGAAUUCACGACUCCUCAGUUGAAAUACAUCAGAAGGACUAGCUUAUGACAACUGACUUCUUUGAAGGGCACUUUUCCUUAAGGAAUAGGACUUGAUUUUUUACUUGUUACAAAUUUAUAAUGACUCCAUAAGACUAAGCAAUACAUUCAUUACAUUGAUAAGAAAAAUCUUAUUUUAGUACUAAAAAGUGAACCUCGCUACCUGUUUGAGCAGGUAAUAAUUUAAAGAUUCUGUACUUUUAUAAAGAUGUAUUUUAUAUAACUUAAAUAAUAAUGCUAAAAUAUAAUAGGGUUUUUAUUUUAGGAUGUUAUUGCAAUGUAUGAUAUAGUUUGCACAGACUUGUAUGCAUAAUUCACUUUAAAAGUAUACCAUAUAAAGCCUGAUGGUUUAGUGCUUUUGGACCAAAGUAUUCCUCAAAACUUAACCAGAAGGUUACUCAGAUUCUCAUACUGGUGGACUCUAAAUAUAGUUGAUAUCUGAAAAGCCAAUUGCAACUCCAGUUUUUAUAGCUAUAUAAUGUAGCAGAAUAUCGGUAGACUGGAGAAUAAUUGGCUCCUUAGAGUUCUUUACAGCCCACAAGGCUGGCAGCUUAAGGAAUUCUAAAUUCUGCCAAAUUUGGUACUCUUUUUCAACAGGGCACUAAUAUAUAUCUCAAUAAAUUAAUGUUAUAAAUGUUAACAGAGUUGACUUAUACUAUCUAACCUCCUCUGCUAUAUUCACAGAGAUUUUGCACAGUUUCUCAGCUCUAUGAAACAUACUAUGUAUUACCUCAGGACUUCAGCAAGACUACACCUUCUCCAAGUCAAUAGCUAUUCAUUACAGUCGAGGAGAAAUGAGGUUCCCCAGGGCAAAUUAAUAAUAAACAAGGUUUUUGAGCCAAAAA